CCCAUCACGUGGUGUUUCCUGUUUGUAACCAAACAAAACUUUCCGCAGAGCAAAAGUCAACAAAGGGAAAGUUUCAGGUGGAAUUCCCCAACUGGAGGGCUACUGGAGGUAAGAGGAUGGUGCAGCUAAGCAAGGGGAAGACGUUCCAGGCAUAUCUGGAGAACUGUCACCGUCGGUAUAGUUGUCUGUACUGCAGAGCGCACCUGGCAAACCACGAUGAGCUCAUCUCCAAGUCUUUUCAAGGCAGUCAAGGCCGGGCCUAUUUGUUCAACUCUGUGGUGAACGUGGGCUGUGGAGCAGCGGAGGAGCGGGUGUUACUGACCGGGUUACACGCUGUGGCUGAUAUUUACUGUGAAAAUUGCAAGACCACUCUGGGCUGGAAAUACGAACAAGCUUACGAAAACAGCCAGAAAUACAAGGAGGGGAAGUUUAUCAUCGAGGUGACCCACAUGAUUAAAGAUAACGGAUGGGACUGAAUCUCCCCCUUCCCAACCGGGAGGCUUGCACGAGGGGGCGGCCGGACAGCCUGAACUAUUCCUGUGCCUGGCGGUGGGGAGGGGGCGGAGAGGUUGGGGGUGGGUAGAGAGAGGGAGAGAGAGGCGGGCUGCACCCCUCACACCCCCUCCCUCACGCCCAUGAUGCCCUGGAUCCCGAGCGCCCAACCCUGGGCUGUUUGGUUUCUGGGAGAAUUCCCACUCCCACCAUCACCCUGCCUGGUUGUCUGGGACAGGGAGGGAGGG